CUGGGUUGCAAACACCAUCGCCCACAGUCACCAGAGGGCAGGAAUGAAACCACAGUUAACGUUUCAGUUCUCGUUACGGUUGAGUCGUGGUGUGCUAACUCCGCUCACAGCUCAGCGUCUGGAAUGCUUGUGCAUAUGCAGUGCAGACAUCUGCAGAGCAAUUGAAUUGCUGGAAAAAUUACAGAGAAGUGGAGAAGUGCCACCACAAAAGCUACAGGCAUUGCAAAGGGUUCUGCAGAGUGAAUUCUGUAAUGCUGUAAGAGAGGUGUAUGAACAUGUGUAUGAAACUGUGGAUAUCAGCAGUAGCCCCGAAGUCAGAGCUAAUGCAACAGCCAAGGCCACGGUAGCUGCGUUUGCUGCUAGUGAAGGUCAUUCUCAUCCCAGAGUGGUUGAACUACCCAAAACAGAAGAAGGUCUUGGCUUCAACAUUAUGGGAGGCAAAGAACAAAAUUCUCCAAUUUAUAUCUCUCGAAUUAUCCCUGGAGGUAUAGCUGACAGACAUGGAGGCCUGAAACGUGGAGACCAGCUGCUUUCUGUAAACGGAGUGAGUGUGGAAGGAGAGCACCAUGAGAAAGCAGUGGAACUGCUGAAGGCAGCUCAAGGGAAGGUUAAAUUAGUUGUGCGAUACACACCAAAAGUCCUGGAAGAAAUGGAGUCCAGGUUUGAAAAGAUGAGAUCAGCAAAACGAAGGCAGCAAAAUUAACACUGUGUGCAAUAACUUAAAGAGAAAAUAUAUAUUCCUUUUGCAUUUUGUAGUUUCUUUGUGACUCAGUUGAUCCAAUGCCUGUCAUGAGACCUUGUCCUUUUUGUAGAGUUGUGGAACAGUUGAGGUUGGAGGGACUGGAUCUAGUCCAUGCCCCAUUGCCCAGCUGAGAGGAGGGCCAGCUGGAGCAGGUUGCUCAGGAGUGAGACAAGCUGGGUUUUUAAACAUCUCUAAAGGAUGGUGUCUCCAGAAGAUGUCUGGGCAGUAUGUUCCGGUGUUUUGCUCUCCCUUACACUACAAAGAUCCAUUCCUGUGUUUAAGUAGAGCUUUGUUAUUUCCACUUGUGCUCCCUUCCUCUUGUCCAUCACUAGAUUUACUGGGAAGAGUUAGGCUCUUCACUCCUCCCUCUCAGGCAUUGACACAGGCUGGUGAGGUGACCUGAGCUUUCUCUUCUCCAGGUGAGAGAGACAAUCCCAGCUCUCCUAAAUUCUCCUUGUCUGUAAGAUACUCCAGUCACUUAACCACCUCUGUGGCCCUUAACUGGAGUCACUCUUGUGUGCCCAUUUCUGUGUUGGACUGGGGAGCCCAGAACCGGACCCAGCACUCGAGCUGUGUCUCAGGAGGGCUGAGCAGAGUGAAGAGUCCCCUCCCUCAGCUUGCUGGCAGUGCUCCUUCAGUGCACUCCAGGGGACUCUUGGUUUCUUUGCUGCAGGGGCCUGUGGUGGCUCAUGGCUUGCUGCUGUUCUCUGCAAAGCUGCUCUGCAGCUGCUCAGUCCCCACUCUGCUAGUGGACAGGGCUAUUCCCCCGUGCAGGACUUUGCACUUUUCUUUGUUGACCUUUGUGACUCUUGCUUGCCCAUUUCUCCAGCCUGCUGAGUCCCUUUGAAUGGUUUGCUGAGCGUGAUGUGUGCCAGCCCCUGGGUUGAUACUAAAAACGUGCAGGAGUGUGGCCCCAGCAGGGCCCUGGCUGCACUGGUGGUGACUGGCACCCAGCAGGACGCUUGGCCACUGAUCACAGCAAUGCCCAGCAGCUCAGCCAGCUCCAGAAUGUCUGCAGUCUCCUUGUGCUCCACGGUUCAGGAGGAAUGUGUGGGUUUAGAAUGGCCUAAAAUGCCCUGGGAAAGCAUAUAUGGUGAUGUUUCUCUUGGCUUUUUUUGUAAGUCUUGUGUCAGACUUUUAAGCAAGGUGAAUUUACAGAUUUUUCAAAGGCAUUUAAUAAGACAUAGUUGUACAAUCAGCAUCCUUUUUUUCCUGCUUUCUUUUGACAUUACUUAGUUUACAAUCUGCUGGGGGUUUUGCUAACUGAUUUUUUUAAAGAAAGAAGAUUCUUAUGUAGCAGUAUUUUGGCACUUUUCUUAAGAAUAUGUUGUAUGUCAACUACAAAAUGUAAUCACAAUCUACUAUGUAGCUGAUAACACCAGAUUUUGUAAUGUUUUUGGUAAGUACAUUGUUUUUACACUUCUGCUAAAUUAUAAUUCACUACUCUGGAAAUUGUAUUACCUCUCCUGUAAAUAAUUUACAGUUGGUGUUCUUAUAUAGUGAUGUUGUAAUAGCCAAUAUUUACAAAUUUGCAACAAUCAUUCCUGUAAUUUACAUUAUUUUGUACCAAUUUUAAAGCAGUUACGGGGAAAAACAUGAUUGCUGUUUGCAGUUCUGGAUUGACUCUCUAGAUGUAUUUUUAUAUUGAGAAACAGAAGAUAUUUAAAUGCAGUGCAAAAAGAAUUCCAAAUGUUCCCCUGACUUUCUGCUGUGUAAAAGAAUUAUUCAUCUCUAAUUGUCAUGCCAUUCUUGUCUUUCUAGUAUCUUUUAUUGUAGUCUUAUUUCCAUGUUGAAUGUAUUGGUUCUGGAAUUGUUAGUCCCUAAAUUACUGAUUGUUAGAGUCUUGUAUGCCAGGUUCCUGUGACAUGUGAACUUGUCUGGGGUUUUCACUGCUUCUGACUGGGGGUUCUUGUUUGUACUGCAGAAGUACAACUUCACAACUGCUAAACAAGGGCAUCUCCGUCUGUGGACAAGUACUGUCUUAGCUCAUGGAUUCUUGAUGGUAGCAUGGGUUUUGUGUACCAUUUGGAAAAUUUCUGGACAGAGAUCCACUUUUUGGAAUCUACCAGGUUUGAUGCUGUACUUGUGUAGUUUAGGUUCUGGGUUUGGGUUUUAAGCUACACCUUUAGAAGAAUUAACUUCAUUAUCUACUGGGUAUCAGUUCACUUGUAUGGCAGCUAUGAGUACAUCCUAAUUGACUGUUAGUAAUUUGAUUUUUAGAGGCUUAAACUGACAAGUGCAGUUCUUGCUAUGUGGUUAAUCCCUAGUCUUAUUUCACGUGAAGCAAUAUGUGAAAGAAAGGAAAAGGUUAGUAAUCUAAAAAUGACAGCUUGAAGCUUGUGCUUUGUCGGUUGAUCUAUUUGGAAAAAAAAAAAAAAGGGGUUGCUAUAGGCAAGUGAGAAAUGUGAUUGCUUUCUGCAUGUUUGUAAGCAUGGUAAGCCUGCAAAGAGACGUUUGGGAGAUACUGGUAAUUUGAAAAUGCAGUAUAAAUAUUUAUCAGUUAGGUGACAUUGAGCACUGAAUUGCAUGGUUGGUUUCAUGUCAUAGGCCUCUUGCAGAAGGCCUCAUGUUGCUGAUACCACCAUGUUGAAUUGUAUAUUUUUAUGGAACAACUAAUGUUUAAAGUAUUGAGACCAAAAUCACUAGUUAGACCAAUUGUGGAUGUGUUUUAAUUUAAUUGUUAAUUAGUAGAGAUAUGUUUUAGAGCCAUAUAUAAAUAUAUAUAUUACAGAAAGAUAUGGAUACAAGAUAGGAAUGUUCAUUUUACAAACUGUAUCCCUUGUAUUACUGAACAAGGUGUGUUUUGUUACUCUAAUGGAAUAUUUACUUCACUGCAGCUAGAGCUGCUAAAUGCAGUAGCAUUUUCAUUCGGAAUUGUAGCAUUUGCUUCUGCUUUGGCAGAAUGUGGAGAGGUGUACCUGGGCAUAUAAAUAGCACGUGUAGAGUUUGAUAAAAUGUUUUUAAAUUGCAGUAACAAAAAAAUCAAUAACAGCCAAGUAAUUGAUAAUCAUCUUUGAUGCUAGAAGAACCCUUUAUUAAUAAGGGGAGGAUCAAUUAAAAUACUCCAAGAAACUGCAUCUCUGUUACUACUGAGCAGUGCCUGUACUGUGUUAAUCUGCAGUCCCUACACACUCCUCAUACAUGGAUAUGCCAACAUAUUAAGAAGAGCUGUCAUUUCUGCAAUGACUUCUGCAUCUGUUGCUGCUGUGAAGGAUCUUUGGGUUUCAUCAGCAGAAAAAUAAAAAUUCAGUCUGACA